CGAAUGAAGGGAUCCGAACACAGUCAGCAUGUAAACAAUCUUCAGCGCAAGUGACUCAGUGUGUGUGUCAUCUGUCAGAUUAUUUGCUCAAAAAUCUAGUUUCACGACUUUGUACACGCAUUUAUCAUCGCUAUGGGGCUGCACAGCAUAUUGAAGAAGCUGAAACAGAAAGAGCACGAAGUUCGGUUGCUUAUGCUCGGUCUCGACAAUGCUGGGAAGACAACAGUGGUCAAGAGAUUUUGUGGAGAAGACAUUAGCACAAUAUCCCCAACUUACGGCUUUAAUAUCAAGACAGUUGAACAUGUAGUGGAUAAAUAUGAAUAUAAAUUGAACAUAUGGGACGUAGGAGGACAAAGCUCACUUCGUUCAUACUGGAGGAAUUACUUCGAGUGCACAGACGGCCUUAUAUGGGUCGUGGACAGUGCGGAUGUUGAUCGCCUGAAAGAUUGCCAAGGGGAACUCAAGAAGCUUUUAGAGGAGGAGAGGUUGGCCGGGGCAACACUGCUCGUGUUUGCUAACAAGCAAGAUCUUCCAGAAGCCCUUUCCUCCGAGCAAAUAAGAGAUAUCCUGGACCUAAACAACCUCAAGACGCACCACUGGUACAUCUUGCCGUGCAGCGCUGUCACAGGCGAGAACCUGGUGGCAGGCAUAGACUGGCUCAUCCGAGAUAUUGCAGCUAGAAUAUUUACUUUGGAUUAAUAUUAUUUAUAAAGACAUUUGAUAUAGGUUCUUGAACUAGUAAUGUUCAGUGGUGUUUAAGGUAAGUUCUUCAACAUUCCAUGUGUAAUGAUAACCAUCUAAGGGAAAGAAUGUGAUGCUGAGGAUUAUUAUUAUUAUUGUUUUUUUUUUCUAUUUGUUAUUAUUUUUUUAUGGAAGGAAAUUUUGUUAUACAUUUGUCUUUAAGAUGAAUCAUUGGCCCACUGCCCACGGGUCCCAGUUGGCAUGACGUCCAUACCAUGUCCACUGUAAUUAUGGUAUAUUGAUUGUGUUUACACGGGGAGUCAAUUAACAGUCCUAUCUUGCCUGUUUACUCUUUUCCUUGAUUUUUUGGAGAGAUUAAUUUCUAUUAUUGCGAUUAUUUUGAUAUUAUGAUAAUCAUAAUGCCAAUAAUGAUGAUAACAUUAUCAAUAUUAAUAGCAUUAGAAAAUCAGGUGCGGUACUAAGGAUAAUUAAUUGGCUCCUUGCUAAGCACUUGCAGAACCAUCUGUAUGCAACAAAAUUCACUAAGGCUAGGGGGUUUAAUAGAGUGUGAAAGUAAUGCAUAUUUUUUAUUGAUUUUUCCAUGUCAAAGAAUCAGACAUUCACCUUGUUAUUUAUUAUAGACAUCCUUUUUUGUUUUGUUUAUUUAUUGUGGUGUAAGACUAUAUUUGAUUAGGUGUUCAUAUUGUGUAUUACUGAAAAGAGUCCGAUUUUAUUGUAUCAUAAGCAAUUGGUUGAAAUAUUAGUGAAUUGUUGUACAUUACAUUGACAUCAUUAUUUUAUUCUUUGCCAUUUUUCUUUUCAUGUACAUUUAACCCAUUGUUAUUAUUUACCAUGUAUCGCAGAUUAUUAUGAUUUUCUUUAAGGCAUGUCCAUGCUUUUUCUUUUAGAUUUUAAUGUCAAAGAUUUAUAAGGUAUGUUAGUGUGCUUCUACCUAGCACUAUGAAAAGUUUUGAAAAAGUGUAAUCUCAAACAAUUUAUUAUAGUCAUUAUUUUCAGAUGAGCUAGGAAACUAGAACUUUUGUGUGAAGGAAACGAGUGCACCGUCAAAAUAAAUGUUAAAUGAAUUGUGUUCUCGGGCAAUAUGCCAGUAAUACAAGCUGCUUAAUUAAAAUCUAAUGGAAUCAUUGUCGUCUUAGUAUGUAUUUGUGUUGUCUGUGAUGGUUUGUCUUCAUUAUCUCAUUAUUAAACUCCAUCUCACAUUUUAGGAAUAUGUUGCAUUUUCCUUAGAUAAGUAGUUUUUUUUUUGUAUUCAUUUUUGUGUUUUAUACAUGAGAAAAGGAAAUGUCCGUAGCUAGGUUACCAAAGGAAGUUUUGAUGGUGAUGAAUGCCCAUUGUAUAUGAAAAUUCAUUGUGAAGACAGGUGCUAUGUGUAGACAUUGACUUUCUAGUUUCAUGUCAUGUUAUAUUUGGUUAAGGAAGUGUUUUUCUAGUGAAUAAAUGUACUGUACAUUAACCAGACUAAACAAUAUUCAACAGAUAAAAGCUUUUGAUAGGAAUUGUAAAUUUUACAGUUUAAGGAAAAAAAUCAUCAGAUGCAACAUUUCAUUCUGUUUUUAAGAUUCUUUAGUUACACCCCACAUGAACCAAGUCUAAUUCUGAAACAUUAAACAUGCACAAUGCUCUCUUGUAAGGUAUGGAAGAAGAAACAGGCGAUUGAUCCUGAAUAUUUGAGUCAAAAAGAGAGGUAGGUAAUGUUAGAGGAGGAAAUAAUAAAAUUAUUUGGAUUUUUGUUUGUUUAUUUAUAACAGUAAACUUUUUCUUUUUCUUUUAUGCGAUGAAAUAUUGAAGGCUUCAGGGGUAAUAUUGAGAUUAUUAUUUUUUAUCCAAAAUCAUUUUACUCCAGCAUACUCAUGCCACUAAUGAUCUUAGAAAUAAUGAAAUGAAUAAUAAAAUCAAAAUCUAGAAUCCUCAGCCGUCAUGGUUGCCCAGGCAGCCAGUAGAGUAUCUUUGCCAUACAGCUAUUGCAACAGUUUUAUAUGAGGAAGAAUGGAAGGAAGUUCGCUUUUAUGUCUCAUUUUAACUUUGCCCAUGUGCUUUUCUCCAUAACAGCCAGUACUCUAGCUUGCAGCUCGUCUUAUCACUUUUCCCUAAAGGAGAUAUUUUUUAUGAAAAAUCAGCUGGCAGCCAAGUUUUCAACAGAUUUGCAAAUUUGAAAAAAAUAUAUGAAGUGGGUCACGUAUGGCUAGGUUCUGCAGUAUGAUUAUCAACUUCAUUUCAUACUUAUAUUUUAUCUAUUUUUUGGAGUUGACAGAGAAGGGAAGAUUGAAAGGCAUGUUAUUUUAUUUUUUUCUAUUUUUAGAGGUAUUACUCCCUAUGCUGUUCAGAUUUUCAGCAAACAUCUCAACUUUGGGAGAGUGAUUAAAAGCUCUAUGCAAAAUAGGUUUGAUUCAAAAAAGGGUUUAAUAGUGAACUGAAAGAAAAUAGGAACUCAAUUUUGCUGAUAUACCAAAGCCAGUUCUCAAAGUAAAUGACAAUUUUGAUUUGAAUAAUGACUGCACUUCUUACUACUAUUCUACAUUACUUUAUAUUAGUGUCACAGGAAGUCUAAACCUGAGGUUGUACACUAUCAUAUUCACAUCCAUAGAACUCAUGCCACUGUCAUAAAAUUAGAGUAUUAUCACAUGCAUUUCAGAUCAUUUUUCUCAUAAAUCACAUGGAAGAUUUUGAUGCACAUGUUUCACAGUAGGGAGAAUGUUCCUUUUUAUCCCUUGAACCGUCCAAGGAUAACCAUUAUUCAGUGCCCUUUUUAUUAACAUGUAUUUUCAUGUAAUAGAUUUUACUCACUAAACAAAUAAAGAAAAUUAAUUGAGAAGUAAAAGAAAAAGGGAAGGGUACUCAACCACAUACAUAUAUAGGAAGAAAUAAAACUCUGAAACAGCA